AUGGGCAAGUCCGCCGUGGCCAGCGCCUGCAGGUCGGGUGGGAAGCUUCGGACGCGCGAAUGGGCGGCUCUCGACGCCGAGGCCAAGCUCGCGCGCGCUGCCGCCCUGGCCGGCCCGCUGGCCCAACAACCCCUGCUGGGCGACCAGGGCCUUGCAACCUCACCGAGUUCGACAGCGCCAAGUCUUCCGUCAACCAGCACGCCCAGUCGGUGCAACUCGUUUUGGACCACAGGCGACGCGGGUUGGCGUCUCGGCACGGCAACACUCGGCUUUCCACUGGCCAUGACCACCAACUCUGCCGAAUUCCAAAUUUUGCCCUCUGCCGUGGUGGUGGCGGAGGUGAACAAGAAGACAGCCAAUGCCGAGAAGAAGGUCGCGGCUGCCCUGGGCAAGCCGAUCGCGAUCAAGAUCGAUUGGGACAUCAGACUACUGGCCGCUAAGAAGCAAGCCGACAAGCUACAAAGGUACGAGCGCGAUCUGAAGAAGUACGAGAAGGAGAAGGUCGAGAAGCAUUCCCACUGCAAGGGCACGGGCUGGAUCGACUGCGACGACUACUGGCACUGCAACCGCAAGCCCAUCACGCCCAAGUGCACCAAGCGCAAGGGCAAGGGCGGGCACACGGCACGGCCACUGCCCACCUUCCCGGCCAUCAGCUCCAUCGACUGCACCCGCGACAUCGCCCAAAUGGUGUAA